UUAAAGGGUGAGGACCUGGGUUCGAGUCUCACCAACAACCUAAUUAUGGAGUCAGAGAGGACUCAUAAUGGAGGGGUUGGGGUCGGUGCGCUGCAGCGCUGUGAACCUAGGUUCCUAGUGAGAGGAUGUGUUGUCACAAAAAAAGUUGUGACAACUCAUCCUGGAGGAGUGUUGUUAAAGGGUGAGGACCUGGGUUCGAGUCUCACCAACAACCUAAUUAUGGAGUCAGAGAGGACUCAUAAUGGAAGGGUUGGGGUCGGUGCGCUGCAGCGCUGUGAACCUAGGUUUCUAGUGAGAGGAUGGGUUGUCACAUAUAUGAAAAUAUUUUAUUAUAUUAAAGCAAAAUAGAUAUAUUGGCUAAACUAUAUCUAGCUACCACCUAUUACUUCCAACGGAAUAGUAGUGUUUUGUUUUUUUGAACUUUUGAAAUAGUAGUGUUUUAAUACAAAAUUAUCUUAAUCAUCAAAUGUGAGACUCUUCUCUUGUUAUGACUUAGUUAUAUAACACAUUUAUGUCUAAAUAUUUUUUAAUCUACGUGCUGUGUGUUUCAAUUAAUUUAUUAUGUAAAUAGGAUAUGCAUGUGAAGAAUCUCUAUCAUGAGUACGACUAAAUUAGCGUCGUCUCUUUGCAUAAUUACGCCUUGUUAACGUUUUCACAUUCGUUUGAACUUUGAUUAUACAAAACUCUCAGUAAAUGUUUUUUUUUUUACAAAUAACAUUUUGGAAAAAAAACAAAUGUUGAAAAUUCUUGUCAUCUUUAACCGCGAACUUGAACUACAUGCAUUUGAAACAACAACACAAUUAAAUAAUUUCUUCGGUACUAUGAUAUUCUCUUUUUCGGGGAAAGAGUUUAUUUCUUCGAUAUAUCCACCUUGAUUCUAUUUAUUUAGUUGCUUUGCCUUAUUAUGGGACAGCCAAAAAUCAUGUCUUUAUUUUGUUUUAGAAAAAAAAAUCUUUAAAACAUCACAACUAGGUUUUUGACGACCAAGUAUUUUUUAACAUAUAAGCCAUUUCUCAAAAAAAGGAAGAAGUAUUUCUUAACAUACACUCAUUCAAAUCUGGAAAAUCAAUUUAGCUUUCAACGAUCAAUAUUAGUAUAUUGUUAAUAAUUAUGAACCAAAAUCUUCUUAUUUACACACAUUAAAUUUAAACAUCAAGAUAUAGAACACGUGAAGCUAUAAGUUUUUUUUUCUUACAAGACGUCCAUGAAUUGACGAGAUAGUUCUAAAAGACUAGCUACUAGUAUUAUUUUUUAUUUGAUGAAUAUUCAAGUAAAAUAAAGCGUACCCAUUUCACAAUUCACACUACAUAGUGACUUACAUGCAUUGAUCCUCUACUAAAAAGAAACCCUUUUUCUUUAGUUUUCCAAAUACCAAUCUCUUCUUUUUCUCAACUUUUUCUUUCUUGUCUUUUUCUUCUUCCCUGAUAGAAACUUUCUUCAGUCAAAAAUUAAGAGCUUUAAAUUAAAACUUCCACUAAGGUUUAUAUACAUACUCCUCAUAUAUAUAUAUAUAUAGAUUCACACACUUUGUUUUCUCUUCUCUCUUAACAGCUUAAAAAUGGCAUCAAAAGGAAAGAAACCAAUAAGAGGAGCACCUACAAGAAGAAUAAAAAGAAUCAAGAACCCAUCUUCUCCAUGUAGUAUCAACAGUGAAGUCACUUCAACGUCAUCAUCUACUUCAAUAUCCUCAACCGCUACGUCAACGUCGCCCAGUGGAUGUUGUACUCCGAUAUCUAAGAAGUCACGAAUACCUGAGAUGCUCACGUGCCCGCCAGCUCCGAAGAAGCAAAGGGUGGCGCAAAACUUUGCUCUGAGGAGGAGACAAAUCUCUUUCUUUGCUCCUCCAGAUGUAGAGCUCUUCUUUGUUUUUGCACUUGGUCAUAAUCAUGGUCAAGAAAACGAUAAAUAAGUUAAGUUUUAUAAUUAGGGUUCUGUGGUCAUAACCAUGGUAUAAUCAAUCUCAAGCUUCUAGUUGGAUUCAAAUGCAAUAACUGAAGGUAUAUUAAGAGAGUUUACUAGCAUAGUGUGAUACUGUGAUUUUUGGCUUCUUUUUUCUUCUAUCUGUCUUUUUCCCCUCUUUGGUUCUUUUUUUUUGGUUGGGUGAUUUUGAAUUUGUGGUAGGGUAUUAUAAUUCAUCAAAUACCCUAUCUCUUUUUUAAUUAGUUAUAUUGUAACUUUUGUUUAUGGGUUCUGUAAUUGAAUGAUGCUUGCUAACAUUUCGGGCUUGAUAGCUUUGCAUUUUGCUUGUAUUUUGGUUUAAUCUAGUUACUAAGUUGGGCAUACUUUAUUUGUUUUUCUCAUAUAAGAAAAUACUUCUUAAAUAUAUUUUCUUUUAUAAUGUGUACAUGAAAAUUCAUAUGAUGAAGUGACAACACUUUUAUCAGAUUGAUGGCUUAAAUUCAAAACUUUUGAUCCGAGUUGUGUUAAAUUAUAUAGAAAAUCAAAAGUUGAUAUAAGCAAAAAAAUAGUUGAUGGAGAAUAAAAUAUGCAUACAAAAGUUUUAGAUAUAAUCCAAAGUUAUUAAAAAAGUUAAUCUAUUAUGUUGUCGUUUUGAUAAAUAACUAUGCAAGUCUGAUGUUAUAGAAAAAAACUAUGCAAGUCUAUUUGGAAUGUUUUUUUUUAAUUCGGGGUGUAUCGGGUGUAUCUGAACCUGAAAGCCGCCCUACUUAAUUUUGAGGUUCGGUCUACCGGUUACAGACAAGCAACGUUCGCUUAUGGCAACAAAAUAUUUUUAAAAAUUGAAGGCAUCUUUUAUUACUAUAGGCAUAAUUUUAUAAGAAUUUGAAUUACAAAGCACUAUAAUAAUUAGGAUUUUGAAAACAUGGACUUAUAAAUAUAUAUGGGUUUCCUAAGCAUGUAUACAAUUGUUAAUUGUUUAAAAUAAUAGUAAUUAGAAGUUGGAUUAUAGUUUUCAAUGCUUUUUAAAAUAUUGAAAAAUAAAGUUGAUAAUUUUUUAUAUUUUAUCAGUUAUGGCAUAUAAACAUUUAGUAGCUUAAUUAUCUUAUUUAAAAAUUUAGUUAAAAAUAAUAAUAAUAAUCUUUGAAGUAGUAUUUUUUUAAAAAAAUCUUGUUGUAUAAUUAAUAUUUUGUUACUUAAUUUCAUUAUUAUAGCUAUUAUAAUAUUUAUUUUUAUUAUAAUUUUUUCAUAAUUCAUUUAUGACAACCAAAAAUGGUCGCACAGUUCUACAGAUAAAGCUCAGUUGCUCUGCAUGACAACUAAAUAUUCACGCCGUCUAAUCAUAUAAAUGAAUAAAUUUAGGCCGUAGAUUUCAAAUCCAUAGUGUUUAAUACCUUUCGAAUCCGCGGUACCAUCCAAUCACACCCGUGCGGUUGUCUAUUUGGAACUUAGUUAGUGAAAACGAUAGAGGAUAUGUUCAAGGCAUAACCAAAGUGUCCGAGCAUACGAUAUCAUCGUCCAAAGGAAUCCAAUGAAAAGACUUGUGCGGCUUUUUCACCAUUUUUCUCUUUUCCAAAAUUUUCCUUCUUUUUAGAAACAUAAUUAAUAAUUACAAGCUAUAACGAACUUAUAUAAUUAUAUGUAUAUAAUGGAGUAGGUAAGAAGACGACACAAUAGCUUAGCUAUGAUAAUAUUUACGUAGUUUAAUAAAAAAUGAUUCCCCCCAUCAUUUUUUUUAUGUUAAUAUAUAUUCAAACUUCAACAAUGUUUUUAUGAACAUUGACUUCAAUAAUCUAUUAUUAUUAUUUUACAUAGGACUCUGGUGCUGGAGACGGUGUUUGUGUAUAGGAAUAGUAAUAAGGUUGAGUGCACUGUGUUGGAGAAGGAGAUGAUGAGGAGAAAGAUGAAAGCUUGGAAGAAAAAAGAAGUGAUUUUUUUUUUUUUUUUUUUUUUUGCUAACAGAAAGGUGUGGAAGUUUCGCAGGAGGUGAGUUUGGAGAAGUCAUUGGUGUUCUUUGAGAAACCUAAGUUUGAUAGUAUAUCUAAAGUAAAGGGUCCAGAGAAGAAGUUGGAACUCUGUUGAAUCUAUGGACUUUGAUGAUAAGAUCCAUAAAAUCAAAGCAAUGGCUAGGCUACUUUAGAGGUGGUUUCCGGCCAAAUAUAAGGAAAUUGUAUCAAGAUAAAGUUAUCUGGAUCCAUUUAUGUCUCUCAAGUACUGUGUAGAGCUUAGUGUGGCAGAAAAAACUGAUAAAGUUGUUUUCGUGGGCUUCAAUGGGGAGAUGACAAAACUAACUAACAUUAGAGCUGCUGAGGCAUCUUCUGGUGAGACUGAACUCUGAACAGAUAGGCUGCAGGUGUUGAGAACCAUGUAGACAUCCAGCUCCCUUUGUUCAUUGCCGCUCUUGUGGGGAAGACUUAAAUUUUCCAGUUGAGGUUGUCUCAUUUUACCAUGAAUAACGACUACUGACAGUCAUCGGCAAAUUUUUCAUCCUCCGAAUGUUUUCUUAUUUAGGUUAGCUUUAUUUUGAUAUCGUUUUGGCAUACAACAUUACUCUAUUUUCUAUAAAAAAAAUGCAAAUUCAUGAUAGGAAAAUAAUUACUGUUACAACAUAUACAAAGAAAGACAUGAUGUUAGUAGGAAGAUUAAAACGUGGCACUACUCCAAUAGAGAGCAAUCAAAAUAAACCAUAUCACAUAUAAUCUUUUCUCUAAUCAACUUCUCACCUAAAACAUUUUUUUAAGUAUUUACUAGAUAUUAACCCACACAUCAGUACAGAUAUAUUUAUAUUUUUAAAUUAAUAUUUAAAAUAUAAAAUAUGUUAUAAAAAUAUAUAUCUAAUAUCAAUUUUAUGUAUAUUUUGUUUUAUAUAAAAAUUUAAUCUGAUAAUUUAAAAAGAAUUGAGUUAUACUAUUUAAUUUCAAAAUUAGUUGGUCUAACAUAAACUUGUAUAUGGUAGGAAAAAAAUAGGACUCUAUUUUAAUAGAGUAUAUAAAAGUCAAAUUAUAUAUCAUAAAAAAUAAAAAUAAAAAUAACAAAACCGAAAAGUAUAUAUAUUCAAAAUAAUUUUCAAAAAUUGAGAAUAAACUAAAUAAUAAUUUUUCUUUAAUUUAUGCCGGCUUACCCUAGUAUAAAAUAUAUGUUUGUUUAAUUUUUUUUUAUAAUUAUUACAGUAUUUUUGAUAAAUCAAACAUAUUUAAUUAUUAUUUUAAAAAAAAUAAAUUUUGAUGUGACUGCAAUACAUAAAGUGACUUUUCAAAUAAUAUCUUAGAGAUUAAUGGUAUUAAUGGUUAUUGAAAAGUGAAUGAAUCAUUACCAAAGAGUAAAACAAGAGAGAAACUAACAAAUCAGAAAACAAAACUGGCAAACAAACAAUUGCGUUAUACAAGAAACGGCCACUUCGCUGAAUAAAAAUCCAUCUAAGGAUACAAUCAAAGAACAAUAAGUUAACAAUGAUUAUAAACCUACAAAAGAUUCCUAUAAGAAUGAAAGUAUCGUGGAAUAUGCAACAACAUCCGAAUCAGAAGAUAAAUCUAAAUACAUUUUCUCUUUUUGUUUUCGGCCAAUUUACUUCAACAUUAAAGCUUUGAUCUAGUGCUAACAAUUUGGUAUCAGAGCUUUAUUAUGGAGUGGAAGCUUUGAUACCAAAUGUUAGAUCUAGAUCAAAGUUUCAAAGUAGAAGUUAAUUGGCAGAAUGAGCUACGGUUUUCGUCAAUCAAUUUGAACAUUUUUAUAUACACAAUGAAGGUUCAACUGUAUCCACAAAACGAUCCUUCAAAAAAGGAAUUCAAAGAUAUUUUCAAUAAAUCUAGGACUACUAGAAAUGGACCGAUUCUUACUCGUUAAAUCAUGAAAAAAAGGUAACCAAAUAUCUACUAUCUUUCAGAAUAUACUCUAAACAUAAACGAAGAUCAUCCAUUUAUGUUUAGCACAUCUCUUCCCAAUAAAUGAAAUUCAAGGAAUAGAUAAACGAUUGUAAACGGAAACAAACAAUCAAGACCAUGCAAAAUAAAAUCUUCCGUUUAUGUUAAGCAUGCUUUCAUUGACCUUUAUCACUGAAUGUUGCUUUUUAUAGAUUUGCGAUAAAUUAUCGCUAGCAUGGACCAAUAGGAUACAUACUGAGAGUAAGAUGACUUUAUGGGGGAAGAGAUAAUAGAGACGAGGUGAAGGUAUCGGAGGCGCCAUGAAGGAUACUCCCGACCAAACAAAGAUAGAUUAGCAAAUUUAUGUCUCAAUUAACUCCAAACUUACUAAUUAGUAAAUAAGAAAUUAAUAAUUAACAAAAGGCCUAUUCUCAAUAAAAACAAAGUUUUAUACACAACAUUAACACAUCAUCUUUCAAAGUUCUAUUUAAUACCCACAAUCAUCACUUUAGUGAAAACCUCAAAAUUUUACAAACAACAAUAGAAAAAAGAAAAAAGAAAACACACACAGCACAUGACAAUGUUUUUUUCUUUUUUUCUUUUUCAUACAAAUCAUUAGCUAAAGCUAGAAUCCCACUUCUUUUUCUUGAAUAAAAGAGGAAUGACUAUCUUAAAACACACUCUCUCAGUCAGUGGGAUCUAUCUAUCAAUACCUUUCUCUGCUUCUGCUAACUGAUCUCCAUAAUCUUCUAACAAGUAAUCACAAAUCUCCAGCAACUGAUCUGCCAAAGGCUGUAUCCCUGGGUUACGCCCAUUGUUGUUAUAAAGAUGAGCAUUGAGCUGGAUCUGCCACACAUCGUGUCUAAACUGCUCGCGGUUUCUGUACUCUAUCUUCCGUACCUUAUCCCUGAUUGUCGACAGAUCCAUCGGGCGUUUCACUAUAUCAAAAUAUAGUCUGGAGCAUCCUUCUUCGAAACCGGUUUCAAGAAGAGCCCUCACACUUCUUCUUUGAGUCUUAGUGUGUCCACUAUGGUUUCCAAGAUGUUUGCUAGCCCAACCUGUUUGUAUAGGCGAGAGAGAGAACACACAGAGAUGAGUUGAAACUUAAUAUGUAACGCACAUGAACUG